CAUACAUCCUAUUACUACAUCUUGCCGACCCACAAAGCCCACAGGCCCUUUGCGCCGUCUCUCGAUCUGAAAUGCAUUCCCAAUCCAUUACCGCUUCACGGCCCCGAGAAUACAACUGCUGAUUGCUGGUGUCCCUAAGCUGCGCAUCGCAGCUGCACCAUGCCACCCGCCAACUCCCGAGAAACGAGCCCUCCCGAUUUGGCACCCCGUUUGGCCUCCCCUUCGUACCCCUCGGCAUUGCAGCAGCCCACCGAACCCUUUGAACCCCCAGAAACCAACAUGGAGCGCUCACGGCGGCAGCGCAGCGACUCGGAGCAGCAGGACAGAUUGCGCCGUGUCAUGAAUCGGCUGAGGCGCAUUCACGAUCCACCGGGUACCUCUUAUGGCGAUCGAGUCCCGCGCGAGAACUACCUCUACGACUGGUCCCCCGCAAACGAAGCGAACGAAGUGAACGAAGCAGACGAGGCGGCCGGCGAGGACGAGCUGGACCAAAUGCUUGCUGAAAUGGCAAGUGCGCGGCCGAGUCCACAUCCGGACGGCCGCCGCCAGUCGCGCAUACCUUCUCAACACUCAUCACGGCCGCUGAACUCCAACCAGUCUUCCGCCUCCGCGAGCUGGCUGCGUUCAGCACUCGCCUCCCGACGAAACGCACACGUCCUUAACGGGUCCCCAGAUCACACCAGCAGAUCACCUGAUCGCACUAUGGCGCGAGACCCCUAUAGUACUUCAAAUGCCUCUGACACGAGGCCGCUGGCGAUCCAGCGGCUGGCGGCGCGCCGGUCGAUGCUUGAGAUGGAAAUUGAGCGCGACCGCGAGCGCGAAAGAAACCGUAAUCGCAACCCGUACCUGGAUCUGGCAGAACGCGAACAAAUAAGGAGAGAUCGCUUUUUGCCCCCCAGAUCUGACCCCCGGCGGCUAGGGCAUUGGAUCGAUGACUCCGAAAAACCCGCUCCAGCUGCAUCUGCCUUGUUCGAGCGGACGAUCAGAUACCUCUCGAGGAUACGACAUGUGGACAACAUUCUUGACGGUCGCGAGUACGCCGUAGAAGCAGGACUCCUCCAGGACAACGUCGAACCCGAACCUGAUUUCCUCCUUCAUACCCUUGCUAUUCCUCCUCCACCUCCCAGCUCAUGGCUCGCACCAGGUGCCAUUCUCUCUGGUUGUCAGCAUGCGACUUCUCUCUCGACGACCGUGACGACAUCCGCCGUAAGCAACACGCUCUAUCGCUUCCGCAACGGCGACUACCUUACCUCCACACUCUUCGAUUAUUCAGGGCCGCUGGGCCCCGAGUACAUACCCGCCCAUGAGCGACAUUUGCCUUUACCUGGUCCAGACACGGUUCUAUCACAUAAUCCGCAGCAGGAUCGCUGGCCCGUCAAAGUUACCAUACAUGCAGUCGACUACGAGAACAUGUCUUUGUCUGCGACAAUGGAGGCAUAUAACGUCCCUUCACAUCCGCAUUCACAUCAGUCAUCCGGCGGGGGGGACAGCAUCCCUUCAUGCGCUCGCAUGUCCUCGAUAACCACGUACCUGGAAGGCGAAAUCCUAGACUUCAAGCAGCACACCCUACUGACCGAGUCCUUCAAGUCCACGGCAGCAAACGAUGCGACAUAUUGGCACAAGCUGCCGUGUUUCCGCGGCUAUUCCGUCGAGCAAUUAGCCCUCGGCCUGACCAAUCGACAUUUCUACGACAUGCUCGCUAGAGACUGGAUCCUGAUGCGCUGGAAGGAGCGGUGCUUUGUGAAAAAGUGCCCGGACUCGGCGUCGCCCGCGGGCGAGAGCCACGGAUUCGAGCAUGAGGGCAGUGGCGAGGCGAUGUCGGAUGAAUACGUGUCCACGUUCGUCGACUCGAAUUGCGGACUCACGAUCAGCGGGUUCUACUACGUCUGCCUCCGGAGGGAGGACGGCAAGCUGGAGGGCUUGUAUUGCGAUCCUCAGUCUAGUCCGUAUCAGUGCUUGAAGCUGGAGAGCGUGAGUCGGGGUGUCUUUCCGGCAAGGGCGUUUCGGUGAUAUGACGACGGUGGCGGUUCUGCGUCGGUGCAUUGGGGUUUUGGUUCUUGGGGACUAGAGGGCCGUGGGUGGUUAGAAGGCUGUUCUGACUUUUUCAUGUUUUUCUUUGCC